AUGGAGUCCCACACUAAAAACCAAGGGACUAAUAGUGGCUCCAAAGAACCAGCUUUUCUCCAACUGGUUUCUCACCACCAACCAAGUCAACCAGAUCCCGGACAUGCCCUGACCGCCCACCGUCGCUCCACCACCUCCUCCUCCUCCACCAUCCCGGACACAACCAAUAAUAAUGAUAAUAACAGCAAUAAGAAUGAUUCUGUGGCCAAGAAACCAUCCAAGGAUCGACACACCAAGGUGGAUGGCCGAGGGCGGCGCAUCCGCAUGCCGGCCUUAUGUGCAGCCAGAGUUUUCCAGCUGACCAAAGAGUUAGGCCACAAGUCCGAUGGUGAUACCAUAGAAUGGCUUUUGCAACAAGCUGAACCAUCAAUUGUAGCUGCCACUGGCACAGGUACAAUUCCGGCCAAUUUUUCGACUCUCAACCUUUCUUUACGCAGCAGGGGCACCACCAUUUCACCUUCACCAUCCAAGUCUGUGCCUCUCUUUGUCGGUGGCACCACCGGCAUGCUUGGGUUCCACCACCAGAUCACCUCAAACAGUGGUGGUUUUGGGCAAUACCUAGAUGCUGAAAUCUCACAUUCAGAUGCUAAACCUAGGAGAAACAUCAUGCAAGAUCACGAACUGGGUCCGGAGCCAAAACCCGGGUCAUCUCAGUCCUCGAGCUUCAUCCAGGCUCCCACCAUGUGGGCCGUGGCACCAGCGACCGCCAAUGUCGGUAACGCCUUCUGGAUGCUGCCUGUGACUGGCGGAACUGCCAUGGCUCCUGUGGGUGCAGGGCAGCAAGAACACCCCUUCUGGCAGUACAACCCCUCCCCCAAUCGUUUCAACCCCGGAUCAAUGGUGGUGCAACACCCAUCACCACCGGUUCAGCAGCUGGGACCCGUCUCAGACUCUACAAACAUGGGAUUACUGGCCUCUAUCAAUGCAUAUAGUAAUGGUAAGAGUAGGAUCGAUUUGGGGAUGAAUUUAGAGGAAAACCAGCAACAUGAUAAUGUCAGUGAUGAUGAAAAUCCCAAAAAUUCUCAAUAG